AUGUGUUGGAAGGGGUCAUCUUUAAUGUGCGUAAAGUGUGUAUUGUUAUGUUUGAAUGUCAUAUUUAUACUGAUUGGGCUUUCGUCUAUCGUGAUAGCUAGCUGGGCCUUAUUUUGGCCCCAAAUAUUUUUGGAUAUUAUGGGACCUCAUUUGUUAAGAAUAUCAGCAUAUUCAACUAUAUCCAUUGGAGGAGUCAUUUUGCUACUAUCAAUUUUAGGAUGCACAGGGGCUGCACUUGAAAAUCGCUGCAUUUUGGUUACGUUCUUCACACUACUUUGUGGCUUGUUCAUGGCUUGUCUGGUUAUUGGAACUUUAGCAACUGUAUUUAGAAGAGACUUAAUUAUACUAAUGGUUAAUCGGAUGAGUAUUGCCGUACAGCAAGAUUACGGAAAUUCAGACUUCUGGACGGAACUACUUGACCUUCUUCAGUCAAGGUUGAAAUGUUGUGCUGUUGAAGAUAAUCAAGCAGAUUUAUAUCUUCGUUCUGUUUGGUAUUCACGUCAAAUACAUCAGUCUUCAGUAUUUGGAACAAAUUCAAUACGUUUAUUAUCUCAAGAAUAUGAUAAUAAUUUAGGAAUACCAAGUGUAGUAAAUGUUCCAGUGUCAUGUUGUGUAUAUUCAUUGGAAACUAAAGAAUUUUCUAAUCGUACCGCUUGUCAAAUUGGUUCUUUAAAAUCUAAUUUAAAUCCAUAUCUUAAUCCUCAUGGUUGUGCAAAUGUGAUUAUUGCCCUGCUGUAUCAGUAUUUCAUCCCAUUAAUUAUAAUGGUUGUCAUAUUGGCCGUACUAAUGAUGGCUGGUUUAAUAUUAGGCUUAUUACUAUUAAGAAGUUUUUCAAUGGAUGAUUAUCCAGAGAUUAAUUUACGUGAAAAUGUAUGA